AUGAAACGAUGGGGAGUUCACCAUGUGAUAUCAUCGCCCCAUUACCCUCAGUCGAAUGGCCAUGCCGAGGCAGCUGUUAAGUCAACCAAGUACCUCAUCAUGAAAACGGCGCCAUCCGGCAACAUCGACAAUGAAGACUUCGACAGAGGCCUCCUUGAACUGCGCAACAUCCCUAACGCCACAGGAAGAUCGCCAGCACAGAUUUUCUACGGACGCCCGCUUCGCUCCUGCGUUCCGGCCCACCCGGAAUCCUUCUUAGAGGAAUGGCAGGAGAAAUCUGAAGACUGUGACCGCCGAGCAGCCGCCCAAGCCGAACAAGUCAGACAGCGGGACUACGAGAUCAGACUACCGAGUGGACGAGUCUGGUGGCGAAACCAACAUUUCCUGCGACCAGUGCCUACCCCUAGUGCUGAUCCCAUCCCCCACAUCCCUGUGACACCUUGCUCGGACAUGAAAAUGAAGUCCUCUAUCAGUAAACCCCCAGUGUUCCCACAUCGUUCAAAGCGACUGAUGAAAAAACAGUCCGCUCGAGACUGA